AUGUUUUCAGGCAAUGACGCUCAGAUAGAGCGUGCGUUCGAGCUUCAUACUCCGCCGCCAAAGGGAAAGCCUUAUAGUGUUGCGCUGCCUGGUACUGAGACAGAAGGAAGAAGCGCCAUCUAUAGGCAUUGGAGGUUUGCGGACAAGCCUCUAUUGGAGAAACUGGUUCCCGAGAUUAGCACAUCAUUCGAGGCCUUUGAGAACGCGGUCGCGAAAUGGCCCAAGAACAGGUGCCUCGGUCACCGCCCCUACGACGCUGCGACCAAGACAUUCGGCCCGUACAUCUGGGAGGAUUAUGAGACCAUUGCAAAGCGAAGGAGGGAUUUUGGCGCUGGCUUGGUGCAACUGCACAGACAAGCCGGUGUGACUGCGUCAAAUUACGGUGUGGGCUUGUGGUGUCAAAACAGGCCUGAGUGGCAGAUUACCGAUUUGGCUUGCAUGUCGCAAGGCCUCUUUACCGUUUCCAUCUACGACACGCUUGGCCCGGAUACGACUGAAUACAUUAUCAACCAUGCGGAGCUGACGUGCGUGGUUGCGGGAAUGAACCACGUUGCUGCGCUUUUGAAGCUGAAGCCACGACUCCCGACUUUGAAACUCAUUGUCGUUCUCGACCCGUUGUCGGCUGGCGAGCUUCCGGGAGAGUCAAAGGGAGACCUUUUGAACUCGCUCGCAAACGAGCAGGGUGUUUCUAUCCACUAUAUCCGAGAUGUAGAGGCUCUGGGCGAGAAGCAGCCUCUUCCAAUGAACCCACCUUCACCGGACGACAUUGCCACUAUCAACUACACUUCUGGAACCACCGGUAACCCCAAGGGUGUUGUCUUGACUCACCGCAACGCGUACGCUGCAGCAUGCUCGAGCAUGAUCCUCAAUGGCGGCAAGGCAGGUGAGGUCAUCUGUUCUUUCCUGCCUCUUGCGCACAUUUACCAGCGCCUGACGGAGCAUUCGGCGCUGGCAGGCGGCUCGGCGAUUGGUUAUUUCCACGGCAACGUUGUAGAGCUCGUAGACGAUCUCAAGAUGCUGCGUCCAACUAUCUUUUCUGGAGUUCCCAGGCUUUACAACAGGUUUGGAGGAAAGAUCAAGGAGGCUACGGUUCAGGCGACUGGUGUCAAGGGAACAUUGUCGCGGCACGUCGUGUCCACCAAGCUUGCGGCUAUUCAUGACAAGCAGAACCCGACCAACAAGCAUAUGCUCUACGACCGCGUUUGGGCGAGCAAGGUGGCUGCGGGUCUUGGUCUGGACCGAACCAAGGUCUUGAUCAGUGGCUCUGCACCCAUUGACCCCAGUCUACACCAGUUCCUGCGCAUUAUUUUUGCAAGCAACUUCACGCAGGGAUACGGUUUGACCGAGACGUACGCCAUGGCACUGUUCCAGCACGAGAACGAUUUCUCGUCAGGCAACUGUGGCGGUGUUGCGCCCACGACCGAGUGUGCCCUGGUAGACGUGCCAGACAUGGAGUACUUUGCUUCCGACAAGCCAUUCCCUCGCGGUGAACUUGUGAUCCGUUCGUCAACGCGGUUCAGGGAAUACUUCCGCAACGAUGAGGAGACAGCCAAGGCCGUUGAUGCCGACGGCUGGUUCCAUACUGGAGACAUUUGCACCGUUGACGAACUCGGCCGCUUCAAGAUCAUUGACCGCAGGAAGAACGUUCUCAAGCUUGCACAGGGCGAGUACAUUUCACCCGAGCGCAUCGAGAACCUCUACCUCGCAAACUGCACCUAUCUGGCCUCGGGCUACGUCCACGGUGACUCGCAACAGUCUUUCCUUGUUGCCAUUUUUGGUGUUGCGCCAGAUCUUUUCCCACAGUUUGCGUCCAAGGUCCUUGGUGAGACGAUUCCCGUGGGCGACAUGGCGAAGCUCAGGGAGGUGUGUCAGAACAAGAAGGUCCAGCAGGCCGUGUUGAAGGAUCUGGACAGGGUGGGACGCAAGAACAAGUUCAACAGCUGGGAGCGCGUCAGGGCUGUAAGGCUGUUUGUGGAUCCUUUUACGAUUGAGAACCAGCUCUUGACACCAACAUUGAAACUGAAGCGCCCGCAAACGGUCAAGGCAUUCAGACAGCACUUGGACGAGUGCUACGAGGAGGCGCUGGCUGAGGAGUCUGCACCCAAAGCGAAGUUGUAG